AUGAAGGUCCCCAAGGCUGCCAUUGCUGUCCUCCUCUGCACCAUGGCUCUCUGCGACCAGGUCUUCUCUGCACCAUUUGGUGCUGACACCCCAACCGCCUGCUGCUUCUCCUACAUCAACCAGCAGAUUCCACGCAAAUUUAUAGCUGAUUUCUUUGAGACCAGUAGCCAGUGCUCCAAGCCAGGUGUCGUCUUCCAAACCAAGAGAGGCCGGCAGGUCUGUGCUGACCCCAGUAAGGCCUGGGUCCAGGAAUAUGUCACCAACCUGAAGCUGAACGCCUGA